GAAGUAGGCUUCACCCUUAUCUUUUUGCUGGGGUCAUCUCUCCCACUUUUUUUUUUCUAUAUAAUUUCUCUAAAUAUUACUACUUUAUUCUCCAAACAAAGAACGUCUUGUCAACCUCCCAAAACACGGAGCCGCUGCCAAAAAACACUCCGGCCGCAACCCUCCCCCUCCCUUGCUUCAUAGCAUGUCCAAUACCACAUCCAGGCUUCCAUAGCCAGCACACCUGUUUCUUGCCCAUCUCUUCAAUUUUCUCUUUUCUCAAAAACCCAAUAAAAUUUUGUAUUUUUUUUUUGUGUGUUUUUUAUUUAAUUUUUGACCCAUUAAUACUCAAUUAAAACCCAAUCAUGGGUUCGUGCUUCUUCUGUCUUCCUCCUGUGACCUAGAUAAGUAGCAGUAGUAGCAGUAGUAGUGUCCACCUCCACCCUCUAGGGUUUCCUUCACUACUUCAUCUUCUUCGUUAAGUUCUUGCUUUAGGGUUUUGCUUUGGUUUGAAGAAAUGGAGGGUUAUAAUCAUCAGCAGAUGAGCGACAACGACACAGCUCAAAGGGGGACCAGCAGUUUCUUGUACGGAGGCCCAGUUCUCGCCUCGAAUCAUCAUCACCAGAUGCAUAUAAAUUCUGCUGGCAACAGUUUCCAUCAUCAUUUCAAUCAUCAAUCGGGUUACUCUCACGAUCAAUCCCAGCAAGAGUUAGCGCAUCCGAUCGUGAAGACCGAAGCCGGAAGUAGUACGACGACCGCCGCUGCUAAUUCCCACCUCCACCAAUUGCUAAUCCAGAAAUACCAUUAUCAAACAGCUGGUGAUCAUCAGAGUCCGAAUGGUCAUAGUAUCGACGUUGACGCCAUAAAGGCCAAGAUCAUCGCUCACCCUCACUACUCCAGCCUUUUAGAGGCCUACAUGGAUUGUCAGAAGGUGGGAGCACCGCCGGAAGUGGUGGCGCGGCUGACGGCCGUGCGUCAAGAGUUUGAGACAAGGCAACGAGCUUCAGCCGGUUGCAGAGAUGCUUCUUCAAAAGACCCAGAACUCGAUCAGUUCAUGGAGGCGUAUUAUGAUAUGCUGGUGAAGUAUAGAGAGGAGCUAACGAGGCCAUUGCAAGAGGCUAUGGAAUUCAUGAGACGGAUCGAAACCCAACUCAACAUGCUUACCAAUGCCCCCGUCCGUAUUUUCCCCUCUGCUGCAGAUGAGAAGUGCGAAGGUGGUGUUUCAUCCGACGAGGAUCAAGACAACAGCGGUGGCGAAACUGAACUGCCGGAGAUAGAUCCACGCGCUGAAGAUCGGGAACUCAAGAACCACCUGCUGAGGAAGUAUAGUGGGUACUUGAGUAGUCUCAAGCAAGAGCUUUCCAAGAAAAAGAAGAAAGGGAAACUGCCCAAAGACGCGAGGCAAAAGCUGCUCAGUUGGUGGGAGUUGCACUACAAAUGGCCUUACCCUUCGGAGACAGAGAAGGUGGCCUUGGCUGAAUCAACUGGUUUGGACCAGAAACAAAUCAAUAAUUGGUUCAUCAACCAAAGGAAACGGCACUGGAAACCUUCCGAAGACAUGCAGUUUAUGGUAAUGGACGGCCUUCACCCUCAGAACGCAGCCCUCUAUAUGGAAGGACACUACAUGGGUGAAGGUCCUUAUAGACUGGGACCAUGAGAAACACUCCGGAAAUAAGGUUAGCUUUGCUUUCAAUAUUCGCUUUUGCGUGGACAUCUUUCCUCCGAAGGAGUAAUCCCUCAACAGCCCAAUCUGAUAUGUAUUUUGAAGUGAAAUACAUUCCAUGUAUUACGUUCCAUAUGUUUCGUGUGUCGAGUACAUGCUUUUGUGAUAUCCUUCCAAGGCAUUAUUUCGUGUAGUUUCAAUAUUACACCAAGAGUGGUAUACUUGGUUAUGUGUAACAAGGUAAGAUUUGCAAAAUGUUGCAGCAGAUGUAACAUUUUAUAGGGGGCUUGUACUACUUGCUGAAUUGUAUACAGGUAAGGAGAUUUUAGCUAAUGUGAUGUUCUUCAAUUAGAAAACAUGAGGCACUGUUCUUGGUUUUCCUCUCA